GGCGGCGGGGAUGGGGUUCGGCGGGCCGGGACCCGCUUGGCUCUGGGUGCUGCUGGCGCUGGCAGCCGCCGAGGGCCCGAUGGUGUCGGAGGAGGAGGAGGAAGAGGCUGCGGGUGGGUCGGUCUCGGAGGAGCCGUGCGGGGCGGAGGGCUGGGCUGCGGCUGCCGUCCCGCCGGGAGAGGCCUUCGUGGCCGCCGCCGCCUCGUACCGGGGGCCCGGCAAUAACGACACCCGGAGCAAUAAGGCGCUGCCCAUCCUGCUCUGGUGGAGCGGCAGCCUCUUCCCGCAUUUCCCCGGCGACACGGAGCGCAUCGAUUGCCCCCGCGGUUCCUGCCUGGUGACCCGCAGCCGCCGGGCGGCCCGGUACCGCCGGACCAAGACCCUCAUUUUCUACGGCACGGAUUUCCGGGCUUACGAAGCUCCUCUGCCCCGCUUGCCCCACCAGACCUGGGCGCUGUUCCACGAGGAGUCCCCCAUGAACAACUACCUCCUGUCCCACCCGCCCGGCAUCCGCCUCUUCAACUACACCGCCACGUUCCGCCGGGACUCGGAUUACCCCCUGACCCUGCAGUGGUUGCCCGGGGCCGGCUACCUGCGUGCCCCGGCCCUGCCCCUGGCCGAGAAGGAGCGGUGGAGGCAGCAGGGCUAUGCCCCUCUGCUUUACAUGCAGUCCCACUGCGAUGUCCCCUCCGACCGGGACCGCUACGUCCGGGAGCUGAUGAAGUACAUCCAGGUUGACUCCUAUGGGAAAUGCCUGCAUAACCGUGAGCUUCCCAGCGAGCGCCUCAGAGACACCUCUACAGCCACCACAGAGGACUCUGAGUUUAUGGCUUUGAUUGCCAGGUACAAGUUUCACCUGGCCCUGGAGAAUGCCAUCUGUGAUGACUACAUGACAGAGAAGCUGUGGCGCCCCAUGCACCUGGGUGCUGUCCCUGUGUACCGGGGGUCCCCGGCCGUGCGGGACUGGAUGCCAAACAACCUCUCCAUCAUUCUCAUAGAUGACUUUGAGAGCCCUCGAGAGCUGGCCAAAUAUCUGGAUUUCCUGGACAAGAAUGGAGAGGAGUACCUGAAGUAUCUGGAGUACAAAAACCUUGGUGGAAUCACAAACCAGUUCUUGCUGGAGAGCCUGGAGAGGCGGGAGUGGGGUGUGAAUGACAUGACGCUGCCUAAUUACCUGAAUGGCUUCGAGUGUUUCCUCUGUGACAGGGAGAACACCCGGGUCAAACAGGAGCAGGAGCACAAAAAGUCCCAUGGGAAGAGUCCAGCUCCCAGACCUCACAUAGCUCAGCCCAAGCACAUGGGAUGUCCGAUGCCAACCCCUGGGUUUGGAAGUCUUGAAGACCUUUCUGGGGAAGACAGUUGGAAAGAGAUGUGGCUGCAGGAUUAUUGGCAAAGCCUUGAUCAGGGAGAGGCCCUCACUGCUAUGAUUCAUCACAAUGAGUCUCACCAGGGAAGAUUUUGGGACUACAUGCACGAGAUCUUUCUCAAGAGGACGAGGCAACACUGACCCAGCUCUGGCAGAGCUGAAAAUUGCAUUGAAAGCUGAGACUGGAAAUUCAUACCUCACUCCAAAUGUUUGCCUUGAAAUAGAGGAAGAGCUCUCACAGAGACUUUUUUUUCUGGUGCAUGAGGUUUCUGUUAGGAUUGGGUUUCAGUGGAGGGGAUCUUAGCAACUGCUAUGAAUUGAGUUUCAGCUCUGGGGUGGGGAGCCACUCCUGACCUGCAGGUGUCAACAUGUGGGGCAAAAGAGGGAUUUACUCUUCUUAUGCAUUUGCUGGAGUUCCCUUGUGGCUUACCUGACUUCAGAGGAAGGUCUUUUCAGACUCUUGCUCAAAUGCCAUCAGUUAUUUCAGGGAUUUUUUUAAUAUCCAAAGUAUUAAUCAUUUUUAAUAAGUAUUUUAUCAGUCACUUACUCUUCUCAUUAAGGUAUACUUUCAGCUGCUAUUAACAAAUAGCCUUUCCAGUGAAGGAAUUACAAAAGACAAAUGUCUGUGGAGAGUAACUGUGCCUUAUGAAACUGCAGCAAUAAAGUCUCUUCUCCUCCAGUAAA